AUGAAAGCACUGAACGCCCCAUCGAAUCCAGAGACCUUCUUUAUGAUUCAGGAACCUAAAGAAACGUUUUCGCGAAAAUUGUUUGUUGGGGGUCUCCCCCUCGACAUAACCAAGGAUGAAAUCAUAGCCCAUUUUUCAAAAUUUGGGAAGGUGCUUGUCGAUUGGCCACUGCGGUCAGACACGUCUUUCAGUAUGUGUAGUACAGCGUCACAGCGUAUGAAGUCAAACUUUAUUGCUGCUAAAUUUUCGAAACCACAUAAGUUUACAGAAAGUCUCGAUUUUUUGGUUCCAGAACGCUCUAUGGGCUUUGCUUUUUUAAUUUACGACUGUGAACCAUCUGUUCAUCUGCUUAUAAAACAUUGCUACAUUGACAAUGACAAGUACUAUAUUUUUAUGUCUAGUGCCACUAUAAACGAUAGACCGGUAGAAGUAAGACCUUGGCGGCUGUCAGAUGUUGAUUGGCUUUUAGAUCCAAACAUGGAAAUCAAUCCUCAUUUCACCGUCUUCGUUGGGGGGGUACCAAGGCCAACUAAGGCUAGCGAAAUUGCAGAAGCAAUGACUUCUUUGUACGGCCAAGUAUGUUAUGCUGGCCUCGAUAUAGAUCAUGAGCUCAGGUAUCCGAAAAAUUACGCUCGGGUUACUUUCGUCAGUAUGCAUUCGUUCCUGGCCGCUGUCAAAAAUCGAUAUGCAAAUUUUUUUUCCGCUGGGUUAAAUGCGGCAAAGAAGGUCGAAGUCAAACCGUACGUGAUGGAUUCUAAAAAGUGUGACCAAUGUUGUGGUACAAAAUGUGAAGGGAAGCUUGCAUCGUUAUACUGCGGUCAUUUGUCUUGUUUACAGUACUUUUGUCGACCUUGUUGGGAUGAAUUUCAUUACGGACCUCAUGCUUCCAAAUUACUCGCUACCCAUAAACCGUUAAUUCGGAUCCAAAAUCACGUUCAGGUCCCCAAAGAAUUUUUAGUUGUCUUGAGAUGUGGGAAAGUUUUAUUUCUACACUGUGAAAAGUAA